UGGGCGGGGGCGGCCGCUGGCCCACCUGCCCCACGCGUGAGGCGAUGCUGCGGCCCCCGCGGGGCCGGAGGGAGGUUUUUCAGCAACUCUUCCAGUAAUGUUAUGGAUCAUAAAAUGGCUUACAAACCUGUGGAAAGAUUGACUUUCUUUGAAAUAUUUAAGGCACGUUGCAGUGAAUCAGACUUAGGGCCUAUCAGCCUCAACUGGUUUGAAGAACUCAGUGCAGAAGCACCCUCAUAUGAGCCUAAAUUGUUAGGAGAACUUGAUAGUCCCUUUGAUCAAACAUGUUUAAAAACUCCAAGGGCAAAACUCACCACAUGCAGUCAGUUGGCAUCAACUCCACUGAUUUUUAAAGAAGAAGAUAUGCUAUUGCCACCUUAUUCUCCUGGAAGAGAACUGGAUCAGAAAAAAAUAGGAACAAGCAGAGAGAGUUUGAUAAGCCCAAGUAUGACAAGAAGAAAAGUAGAUCAAGAAAAUGAAAUAUUUGCUUCUCCUCUUGGUACCUGUCACAACUGCCUUGCUGCCAGUCCAAGUGUUUUAAGGAAUACCUACAGAACACCUCAGAGAAAUAACAUGCCUGGACCAUAUGAAAGCUUGUUCUGCACACCAAAACUUUUGGAGGUCAGAACUCCAAAACGUAUUUCUGAAAGUCUGGGAGCAGAAGUGGAUCCAGAUAUGUCCUGGUCAAGUUCUUUAGCCACACCUCCUACACUUGGUGCAACAGUGAUAAUAGCUAGAGAGAAUGAUUCUAUUUCUGAAGCAAAGCGACAGGAUGAAAGAGCUGAGAUAAUUUUGCACAACUUUUUUUCCAACCAUGAUAAAUGUCCUGAGAUGAGUGAUACAAGUAUGCUGUCCAUACCAGAGACGGUAAAGCUAAAUGCUGAAGAUGACAUCAAAGAUUUUGAGUCGGAGGUGUUAGAUGGCUUUUUUGGUGAGAUGAAUAGCUUUGAGGAUACAUUCAACACGCCUGCUAAGUCCAGUGGAACAAUUCAGCUGAUGCCCAAUGCUCUACAUGCAGCAGAGAACUGUGAAAUAAACACAGAUAAAGCACAAGGAAAGGGGGAUGUUCCUUCUGAGCAGCCUAAUAGAAGAAAGACUGGCAUUUCACAAGUGAAAACAACUAGCUGGACUGAAAAAAGCCUCUCUAUUGAAAUGAAGGGUUCUUUACUCCAAAACACAGAUGAAGAUAAAGGGGAUGGUGAACCUGACUGUUUAAUAGGACACAAAAAGGAAUUGGAGUCACUUAGGAUUGCAGGAGAUGUGCAAGAUCAUAGAACACCCAAGUCACCUGAGAAUGAGAAGCCUGUGAAUGAAGACCUGCCAUCUUCAUCAAGCCAGUGGUCUCAACUGAACUUAUCUGAUCUUGAUGUAACUCCCUUAGAAAUGUCUGUAUGUGGUGCUCUACCCUCGGCCCUAUGUAGAGAGAAAAAUUUAGAAGAGAAGUCAGUACUAAUGACCAAGGAUGAUGCUGUGGAAACCUCUUUAAUGAAUACCUCGGGCUUGAUAAAAGCACAAAAGCUGUUGACUGUCAAUCUGUCAGAAAAGUGCUAUGAAGUGAAAAAUUCUGAAAACAACCCAACAUCGGAAAUAACUCCAGUAAAAUCUGUGUCUCUGAGUGUUCACGAUCCAAAGAUAGUAAAAGGAUGUGCAGCUGAGAAGGCUUCCAAAAUGAGCUUCUUAAACUGUAAUUCUUUUUUAAUUGAAAGUACAAAUGUCACAGAGUAUUCUGUAGUCUACAAUGGCAGCUUUUCCAAGCGUUUAAAAGCAACUUCUAAGUCUGUGGUGACUGAUGUUCUGUCUCUCCCACUUGUAUGUAGUGCUACAUCACCAGAGAAUUGUAAUGACCUACACUUAAUAAAUAGUGAAAAUGCUUUCACAGAGUCUGACUUUAAACAUCUGAAUAUGUUAUCCAGCUUGAGAAAGAGGUCCAAGAGAUUUAUUUAUACAAUAAAUAAUACUCUACUGUAUCAAGAAGGAAAAAUACAGGAAGAAGUAUCCUCUGCAUCACCUAUUCAUCCUGUAUUACCACAUUCGGAAUCUGAUCCGUAUGAAUUUAAAGGCUGUCAUGUAGCCAGCGUUGAUAAGCAAGACUGCUUGCUUCUUGCUGAGAGAAAGUGUUUACAAUCAAGUAUCAAGGAAAAUAAUUUCAGCACUUAUACUUUAAAAAUGGAUAUACUGAAUAACUCGUCUGAUAAUUCCUUCAACAAUAGGCUGAAGCAGCAAGACCUGAGAGACCUGGGGGAGAAUGCAAGAGAGGAUCAACCUGCUACAUCAUUAAAAUGCUUAGAGGUAUCUAAUAUACAGAAAGAAGACUCAACAAAUUCUUUAAAUAGUGGAAUAAUUUCAAAUAUAAAACGUAAAGUUCAAACUUCAGCAUUCCUAAUGGCAAGAAAGCGUUCCAGAUUGCUCCCUAAAAGCUGUUGCUUAGAGAAAGGUGAAGACAAGAAGCACACGAGUGCUAAUGUGGACGAUGGAUCUGCUGUACCUCAGAGCCUUAAAGAACAACUUCCGUGGUCUUCUAGGGAUAAUGAAUCCCUGAUUGAUAUGCACCAUGACGCUACAUCCGUGACAAACAGCGGUUUCAAUAAUACUUUAAGUCAGAUCAAACUUGGCCUAAAUGGAGUCAGUAGCGAUUGUUGCAGUACAGUAUCAACUGAUAAAAGGCAUGCUGCAGACCAAUGGCCAGUAGUUGACUGUAGAGAACUUCUUGGACCUUUGGGAAUAAACUGCUCAGAAAAUGAUGGGACUGGAUUAAAACAAGGGGAGAAAACAGAUACAGCUGCCUUUUCAGAAGUUGUAGCCGACAAUCGAGAGCCAAAGUUAGUUGGAAACAGUGUAAGCCUUCAGGCAGCUGCUUGCAAUAAUGUAGUUGUAGAGACUGCCAAAGAAUUGUUAGAUUCUAUAGAUGAUAAUUCUUUAAAUAAAGUAAUUUCUGAAGAUAAACAAGUAGCACCUAUGUAUUCCAGCACAAAGUCAAAGGAGAACCUAAAGAAUAAAGGGAAAUCAUCAGGAAAUCUUAAAGCAUGCAGUUUGAAUCUGGACUUUGGUGGCUUUCAGACUGCUUCCAAUAAGCAGAUUAAAUUCUCUGAAGACAGUAUAGCAAAAAGCAAAAUGCUGUUCAAAGAUAUUGAAAAUGAAUACUUCGAAGCCUCUUCCACAGAAAAAGUUAGAAACUUUUCAAAUCAGGUUAAAAGGGAAAACACAUUUUUCUUAGAUUCAGAAAGCAAGUUGGCCAGUAAUUCAUCUCAUUCUUUAGAUUCACAGAUGAGUUCUCUUGAACCCAGACAUACACAGUUUAUUCCACAUAAAGUUCGCUUGUGUAAAAGCUUUCCUAGAAGUCAACAAUCCUUGCAAGAAACAAAUCAAACUUUGACAGCAAGCCAAGAAGCUGAAAUUGCUGAACUUUCUAGUAUCCUGGAGGAAACAGGUAGUCAGUUUGAAUUUACACAGUUUAGAAAGCGAAGUAACAUGAUACAAAGUCACGUCUUUCAACAGUUUGAAACUGUAGAAGCAAGUGGAACAACAAAUGUGGAAAAUAUUUCUGAAACAAGGAAAAAUACUGAUUCCUGUAGUACUUCCAAAUCUGAAAAUCAAGUAAACAAUGACAGGUAUUGUACUAAACAGGAAGACAUAAAUGAAGACUCUGAAGUGGUAGAAUAUGAAAAAGAAAACACAGCAGCUUUCCAUAAAAAAGACAAAAAGGUUACUUUUACCAGCUUAGACAGAAAUGAAAGUAGAAUAUCCGAUGGGAGCUUUCCAGUAGCUAAACAGGACAGCUUUUCUAAUUUCAUAGGCUUUACUUCUGCUGGAGGUAAAAAAAUAAGUAUUUCUAAGGAGGCUUUGGCCAGAUCUGCAGAGCUCUUCAGGGACUUGGACGCUGAUAACUCUCUGUUUAAAUCUUCUGAAGGCAGUAGUAGCUGUUGCAAUUCAAAUGGGCAUAUGUCUUCUAACUGUAAUUUUGUCAGAAGCCUGACAAAAGAAAACAAAGGAAAAAUGGUUUGUGUUUCAGAUUUCAAAAGCAUAGGUGCCGUUUCCCACCAUGCACUGAAAAAAAAUGAGGAAAAUAUUAGUACACUGUUCAAGGAAGAUAUGGAAAAUGGAACAAAAAGAACAAUAAAUGAUAAUGAAAAUACUAAUUUCAGUAGUACUAACACUACCAUGAACAGCCUAUUAUCCAUCAAAAAACAUAACCAGAAUUGUAAAACUUCCAAACAGAUUUUGAAUCAAGGAGACUGCCCAGUUGAAGGUAGUUUGCAAGAAGACUCAUUAGAUGCAACAUGCCUAGGGGAUGCUAUUAUGACUGCAGAAGAACACAGUAUGUCAGAUGAAAUGGACAACCCGUCUCCUAAUCGGAAAGAAGACAGAAAGGAAAAUGAAUGCUUGUCACAAAAACUUCAAACUCCAGCUGGUGGGGAUAUAUCCACUUCUAAUGCAACUUUGGAUCAUUCUCUACGCUUGCUCAAUGUACAAAGUACAGAAAGAGAUAUAAAUGUUCUUGAGAACUCUGAUAAACUAAAGACAAAUAAUAAAAAUACAGAAGACACCACCCAUGAUAAGAACCUGUUAGUGAAUGAAAGCAGAAUAAAAGUAGGUUUUUGCCAUCAUCAUGAUCAGGAGGUGGAUGUUGAAAAAAAUGAAGUGAAAGGAAGUUACCUGACUGGUUUCCAUACUGCUAGUGGCAAGAAAAUAACAAUUGCUGAUGCAUUUUUGGCUAAAGCUGAACAGUUUUUUGCAGAAAAUGUUGAUUUAGGAAAGAAACAUAACGACAUUUUUGAGAACCUCAGAAAGAAAAAGAAAUGUGGUAAAAACUGUGUCAAAGACUGUGAUUUAUGUAUUGAAAGCAUUGCUCAGUGUGAUCCAGAAAAACUUAAUUUUAAUAAAAACCUUAUUCCUGAAGAACCUGGAGAUCAAUUUAAGCAGGCAGUAGAGAGCAGUCCCAUGAAACCUGCUGUGAUUCUUGAUACUGUUAAAGUAGAUAUAUUGAUUAAACCAGGUGAAGAUUGUGAAAAAAGUUUGGUAACUUCAUAUGCACAUAAAAAAGCUGAUGUCAGACCUGGAAAGUCAGAAUUGGAACUCCAUCCCAGACAGGAGAGUGAGGCUUUAAGUAAAACCUGUUCGUCUGAAGAUGGAAAAUUGUUCGCAGAGAGAGAGAUGGAAUACUCACCAAAAAAGAGGGAUGAUUCAGAAAUCAUGCAUGAUUUUCCUGUGUACUCUGCUGCAUCUCCUUUAAUGAAGGUAUUAAAUGACCGUGAAGAUAAUUCUGUGCCUGGAGAUACAAAAAAUACUUUAUUUUUUGAGGAUAGUAACAAAUCUAAUCCAUCUAUCUUAACUUCAAAAAAUAGCUCUUUUUUGAACUGUGACAGUAAUGAAUUUGACUUAAAACAUUUAAACGAAGCUUGUGCUGAUACAAACUGCUUCACAGAUACCAUAGUUAAUGCUUGCCAAAACCAGUCACUAGUCAGUCUUCCUGAAGACGAAACUAAUUUAACCAGACUGGAAGAAACAACACUUAAUGUUGAAAAUUGCAAGAGUGAUCUGAAACAAAUUGCAUUUAGUACAGCAAAAGGGAAAGCGGUUUCUGUUUCGGAAGGUGCAUUAGCAAGGGUCAGACAAAUGUUUCUAGAAGACUACAGUGAGUCUGUAAAAUACGAAAUUGAGACUAACUCAAGAAUUAAUCAAACAGAGAUUGUUGGAAAUUCAUCUUCCAUCAUUCAUGCUGACUGUCCUAAUUCUGCUAAGUUUUCAAAUGAUGUAAGAAGUGAAGAUAUUAAUUCAGCCACAUCCCAUUUUAUUAAAGUAGGUGCAAGUGCUAGUGAAAGUGGUCACCAAGAUACAAACACAUUUGCAGAUGCAGAGUGUGUUUCAAAUUCUCAGAGGCAACGCUUCGAACAGAAUAUUAAGCUUUUAGGGCACUUGCCUGUUCCAGAUAAGCAGAUAAAGCAGUCAGAUUCUUCUACAAGCAAUCUUGGAUUUUUUAGUACAGCAAGUGGUAAGCCUGUACAACUAUCAGAAGAGUCGCUCAGGAAAGCUAGACAGCUCUUUUCUGAAACGGAAAGUAAUCAUUCAUCUGAUGUACAAGAAGCAUUUUCAAUUGAGGAAGAUGUUGAAAAGUCCAAAACGUGGACUGAAGUAGUUCCUAGGAAAAUGUGGAUGGAGUUACCAAAAGGGGAAGACAAUGCCAGCACUGUUCCUGCUUUUGGGUUCAGCACUGCAAGUGGAAAGCAGGUAACGGUAUCUGAAAACGCCUAUCAAAAAGCAAAGGCAAUUUUGAAAGAAUCUGAUCACUUUUUGAGCAGUGAGAUUUGUGUUACAGAUCGACUUAGUUCAGUUAAAGAGAGUGGUCAACAUGUGAAAUCUUUAACUGAUAAAGUGAUCUCGGAAUCCAAAAUCGAAAAAAGCUGCAGUGAAGACUUUGACUUAAGAAGCACCUACCCUGAGGAAAUGAAGUCUUUUCCAAGAACUCGCUGUGUCAAAAUGCCUGAGUAUGUAACACACAGUACAAAAAGCAAGCAGUUCACAUCAUUUAAAAAUAGCUUUCAGCAAGAGGAGACUAGGUCUUCUGGAAAAGGGCAGCUAAAUCUGGGGAUGAAGAUAGAGUCUGAAGCAAUUUCAUGCAAUGCUACUGCUAAAGCAGAAAUGAAUAUGACUCUUCUCCAAACUCCAAAAUAUUACUUGGAAGUGGAGGCUGUAGAAAGUGCAAGAGCUUUUAUGGAAGAUGAUCUUUCUGAUUCUGGAGUAAAAAUUAAUGCUGCGCAGUCCUUCAGUGGCAGAUUGGAUAAAGGCUUUCAAAAUAAGACCUUUGGGAAGAGGCACUUUGAAGAAGAAAACUCACUCGGAGAACCUCCAAUUAAAAGACAGCUACUGCUUGAAUUUAACAGAACAAAGAAUCCUCCCCGAUCUUUGAAAGCCUUGAAAAGCACCCCUGAUGGCAUUUUCAAAGACAGAAGAAAAUUUAUGUACCAUGUUCCUUUAAAACCCGUAACUUGUCAACCUUUUGGGGCUACUAAAGAACGACAAGAGGUCAAGAAUCCUACCUUUACUCUGCCAGAUCAAGACUUCAAAGGAUUCAAAUCUAAACCUGCCAUUUUUCAGCACUGUGCGCUACGGCAGUCUUCAGAUGGUACUUCAGGGGUUUCUACUCCAUGUAAGGCCUCGGCAAAAGGGAGUGAAGAAACAAGAAGCUUGUACAAAUCUGGCAAAACAGUGAAAACUUUUAUUCCACCCUUCAAAACCAAGCUGACGUUUUCUACAGGUGAACAAGACAGCGGCAAAAGAUGUGACUCACCAAUCAGCAAAGAUAGGACUGAAGAGACAGAAUUAAAUCAAAUCACAGCUGAACAAAAAACUUCUGAACCUCAUGAUCACCAGUCUUGCAUGCAGCAUGCCACAGACACUGACCUAGAAAAUGGCAGUUUAGCUAUGGUCAAGAUGGUGACAAAUCUCCGCUGUGCCAGAGAAAUGCAGGAAAUGAGAAUUAAAAAGAAAUAUAGGCAAAAUAUUAGCUCGCAGCCAGGCAGUCUUUAUGUCAUUAAAACAUCUGCAAGAAAUAGAAUCUCUCUGAAAACUGCAGUAGAAGAGAAAUCUCCUAGUUUUUAUUCUAUGGAAGAGCUUUACACAUACGGUGUUUCAAAACACUGCAUACGAGUUAACAGUACAAAUGCAGAAUCUUUCCAGUUUCUCAUCAAAGACUUUUUCAGUAAGGAGUAUUUAUUAGCUGGAAAUGGGAUACAACUUGCUGAUGGAGGAUGGCUAAUACCUACAGAUGAGGGAAAAGCUGGAAAAAAGGAGUUUUACAGAGCUCUCUGUGACACUCCUGGUGUGGAUCCCAAGCUAAUAACAGAGGCCUGGGUUUACAAUCACUAUAGGUGGAUUGUAUGGAAACUGGCAGCCAUGGAAGCAUCCUUUCCACAUGAAUUUGCUAACAGAUGUUUGACACCAGAAACAGUGCUGUUGCAGUUGAAAUUUAGGUAUGAUUUGGAAGUUGAUAAAAGUAAACGAUCAGCCAUCAAAAAAAUAACUGAAAGAGAUGAUGCGGCAGGUAAAACGCUUGUGCUGUGUAUUUCUAAAAUCGUAUCGCUAAACACUGUCGUAUCUCCUAGCAGUAGCAAUAAGAAUGUGGAAAGUAAAAAAGCAGCAGCAAUAAUUGAAGUUACUGAUGGCUGGUAUGGAAUUAGAGCUCUUCUGGAUCCACCUCUCAAAGCUUUCUUACAUAGAGGAAGGCUGUCUGUUGGUCAGAAGAUCAUAGUGCACGGAGCAGAACUUGUUGGCUCUCAAAAUGGAUGUACACCACUGGAAGCCCCAGAUUCCCUUAUGUUAAAGAUUUCAGCGAACAGCACUCGAUGUGCACGAUGGCAUGCAAAACUAGGAUUUCAUCGGGAUCCCAGACCUUUUCCUUUGCCUUUAUCAUCGCUUUUCAGUGAGGGUGGUGCAGUGGGAUGUGUUGAUGUAGUUAUUCAAAGAACAUAUCCUAUUCAGUGGAUGGAAAAGACAUCAGCUGGUUCAUACGUGUUUCGUAAUAGCCGAGCUGAAGAAAGGGAAGCUGCCAAACACGCAGAGGAUCAGCAAAAGAAACUGGAAACUCUGUUUGCAAAAAUCCAAGCAGAAUAUGAAAAACACGAAGAGAGAACUAGCAGAACAACACUGGGAUCACGCAUUGUCACGAGACAGCAAAUCCGUAAUUUGCAAGAUGGUGCAGAACUUUAUGAAGCAAUUCAGAACGCAUCUGAUCCUGGUUACAUGGAGGGAUAUCUCAGUGAAGACCAAAUAAAAGCUUUGAAUGCUUACAGGCAGCUGGUGAAUGAUAAAAAGAAAACUCAGAUACAGGAAGAAUUCAAGAAGGCUUUAGAGUCAGCAGAAAAGGAAGAAAAUGGUUGUUCUAAAAGAGAUGUGUCUACUGUAUGGAAACUACGCGUGGUCGACUACAGAAAGCAAGAAAAACAUAAAGGAGUGCUACUGAGUAUCUGGCGUCCACUGCUAGAUGUUUGUUCAUUGUUAAAGGAAGGCAGUCGGUACAGAAUCUACCAGCUGUCAACAUCACAGUCCAAAGGAAGGUCAGGCUCAACUAACGUACAGUUAACAGCAACAAAGAAAACUCAGUAUCUGCAACUAUCCGUAUCACAGCAGAUGCUGGUGCAGAUUUUCUUUCCAAGGAAGGCUCUAAAAUUCACCAGUUUGUUGGAUCCUUCUUUUCAGCCACCAUGUGCUGAAGUUGAUUUAGUUGGAGUUGUAGUUUCUGUUAGCAAAACAGGUUUCACCACGAUGGUGUACUUAUCUGAUGAAAGCUAUAAUUUAGUGGCAGUAAAGAUCUGGACAGAUCUCAGACACUUUGCUAUUGAAGAUAUAGUUGUCCGCUGUUCAUUCAUUUCUGCAAGCAACCUUCAGUGGCAAUCUGAAUUCAGAUCAGAAAUCCCUGUGCUGUUGGCUGGAGAUCUUUCUGUAUUCUCAGCCAGUCCAAAGGAAAACCAUCUUCAAGAGAAGGUUAAUGAACUGAGAAGUAAGAUAGAGAACGUGGCCUCCUUUUGCUCUGAUGCAGAAAGUAAACUGAUGAAUUUGCUACGAAGAAAUCUCUCUCUUACACCCAACUUAACUAAAAGAUGUGACUUGGAAUGUCCCUCUCCCUCCUGCAGCUCAGGUCUUUCUGCAGAGGAUACAAGUUUGAUCUCUUCUAAAAUGGAAAUAAAACAUCCAAGCCCUUUGUCAACUAGCACGCCAAAUAUGAAACUUGCCAGGCAAAGGUCAGCAAAAACACCUUCAUCUGCUACAGUUAAUGAAGACCAUCUCAAAAACAGCAAAAAGAGAAAAGCGAUGGACUUCCUCAGUUGCAUACCUGCCCCUCCACCACUGACACCAAUGUGUUCAGUAAUUUCUCCAUCUUUAAAAAAAGCGUUUCAGCCUCCACGAAGUUUGGGUUUACAGCGUUGCAAGUCAUCAAAAGAAACAAAUCAGAAUAUUGGUCAUAUCACCCCCUGCAGAAAAUUGAGAGAAACUGUCCAUCUUCCUGAGAAUGACCUGGUUGCUGAUGAAGAACUUGCAAUGAUCAAUACACAAGCACUGAUGAAUAAUUUACCAGAAGAGAAGAAGAUUGAUUAUGUAAAUGAAAACAGCAAUAAAAUAGCUACUGAUUUAUCUGAUGAUCUUUCACCCAAAACCAGUUCCAGGUCUACUGGGGAAGCGAAUAACUCCCCAAAAGGCAGUUCUGAAGUAGCUGAGGCUCUUCAGGACACAAAGGAACUGGAGGACUCGUUGCCAGCCCGCGGAAUGCUACAAAGACAAAACCCCCGGAAACACUGCUGAAGGCACAUGUACAGUAUUGUAUAUAUUUCAAAUUAUUUUUACAUUUUGUACAUUAAACCCUGAUUGUAUUUAAUAAAGCUAUAUUACAGAAACAAAGACUGGACGUUUCAUCUGCAGAAUAAUUUGUUGUUGAGUAAUUGUACGUUUCUCACACAAACGUGUAUUGUACAACAGCAUCGCUGUGGCUGAAGGUUUGAUGGUGUUUUAUAAGCCAUUGCUUUGAUUCUGAUGUAUUCUUAAACUACAGCAGGAUCUGGUUUUCAGGCUAAAGCCAAGUUUUGUUACCCUCUGCAGUAUUAGAAUCUUGGCUGUCAGAAGUGGCACAGAGCAAAAUAAACAAUUCUCUACGUUUAUUGUUACCAAACAUAACGCUUCUAAUUCUGAAAUACUGCUCUAAUUCUGGCACAAUUCUUGUACUUCUCAAACUGUCCGCAUAGUGCUAAAAGAGAUUGAGAGAACAAUGGAUUCUUUGAUUCAUAACAAAAUGCCAUACAAAGGUAAAAAGGGUAGAUCCUUGGUCAGCGUUUCUGAGCUACUCCUUAAAGAAGCACUUGAGGCCCCAGCAUCGUGAAAAAUAAUCAGAUCUUUCCUCGAUUUCAUCACGAGAUCUUUCUGCUGAGUGUGAGUUUAGUACUUGAAUUCUUUACUUUGCUCUUACUAAUUUCAACAGGUGAAGCUUCUCAGAAUUGGAGUUUCUCCACUGGAGAAGGAAACAGUCCUGCUAGACCGGCUGCCGGCUCCACAUUGUAGUUACCAGGUGGUCGGGUCCCACCAUGUGUGGGGCAAAGGAGGUUUCAGAACUGACACCACCAGCUCCCACACGGCAACCUCUGCGGGGCCCUGUGCCCUUCGCUUGGCCCAAGUGCUGAGCUGGAGCCAGGUGGCUCCUGCCACCAAGCUGGACGCUGUAGCAGGGCUGGAGAACUGUCAGGGCCUGACACCAGGCUGCUGAUCGUUGUGUAAACCUUUGGGCAAUGCUGCGGAGCACCCGAGUCCCCUCGUUCACCGUUAUUUACAGCGAUGAUACUACUACUUUGAACGCGGCUUGAGUAGCAAAUACAAUUCAUCUCCUACAGCUACCGUGUUGUAAAGACAGCUUGGCUGUUGUCCAGAAACAGCGGAUUUCUUUAUACCUCUUACACCUCCCUCUCUGCUGAAGUGCCAGAUGAACAGCAGCUCUACCCGCAUUUCUUAAUGUCCGAUGUGAGCUGUCUUCGUUUCCUACUGCAGCGUAACCCAGUGCUGUCCUGUUCUGCAAGUGCUGCCUAAUAAUCCACACCCGCUUAAAAAAAAACUGCCAUCGCAAAUGCUGAGUUUUAAAAAGGUUUCACUGGGGCUUCCUGAUGAGGACACAAUCAGCAGAAUUUAACAAUAUGGAUAAAACUACUGUAGGAUGGCUUCUCACUCAUCCAUCAGUCAGUGGCUUCCUGGCACUUGGUGGUAGGAGGAGUUAUUUCUCCCCUUAAGUUUUUUUUUUUAUUUUACUAAGUCAUUAUUUUGUACUUGUUGGUUUGGGUAUUUGGUAGCCUUGUGCUUCAGCAAUUCAGAGCUGCUCCUGUGGCCCUGGUCCUACCUAGAAGUUAAAAAGCACUCGCCUGACACUAAUGUUUCCUUUCAAGAGCCUCCGUAUAUGGACUCGCCUCGGGAUCAGUUGAACUCCUAUUUCUUGGCAAGAUAAAGGGCUCAGUUUGGUGUGUUGGAGUGUUUCACCUCCAGGCUGGAGGAGCUGUUUGGCUGUGAGAGCUGAGGUAAGACCAGCAUGAAUCCUGACAGCAGAGGGGUCAGUAGGGAGCAGCAUCAAAUCUUCCUACAACCUGUUAGAGCUCUUUUCCACCACUCACUUUGCCUCUCAAAGCUAGCAGCGGUGCUCUAGGCAAGAUGGACUGGGAAUAUACAAGAGGUUAUACAGCCAGAUACAAAGUAUUAAAAUGGCAAUAAAUGGCAACUGCGUGGAGAAGGAAUUGGCUGCUUGGCCUGUAAGAAAUAAAGAAUAAAUUCAGGAAUAUUGUUAUCUGUUAGUGACAAAGCA